AUGGAGUCUCCUCACGCCUCAGCCACCAGUUGGCUCGUUUUCGGCGGAGUGGUGGCCUUUGGAUGUUGGUACUACUAUCCCAGACAGCAGCCCAAACCACAGAAGCCCCAAGAAGAGCCGCAGCAGCAUGUCACCGCUGCUAAACGGAAGCAAAAGGAGCAGGACGAGCGGGGCAGGCAGGGCAAACGGCCAGCCGGCGGUGCAACGAGCGAGAGUGACACUCGGCCUGUAGUCAAUGGUAGCGGAAGCCCGAAGAAGCGAAAAGCGCCCGUCGAGCCUGCACGCUCCGUCCCGGCGGUGUCGAAGCCGGACGACAAGGCUGAAGAAGACGAUUUGAGCACGAGGAAAUGGGCCGAAGGCAUGAUCCAGGCUCAGAAGGGGCAUGACAUUGGCGCGACCAAGGGGUCGAAGGAAGCAAAAGUCAAGACCGUCAAGCAAAGCACCGCCCAGAGCCACCCUUUGCUCUCGUCUGCAUCCUCUCAAGGUGGCGCAGAGGCCGAUGACGACCUAUCACCCGUGCCCUCCCCCCGAGUCGAAGCUGGGGGUGUGUCGGACAUGCUGGAGCCCCAGCCCAAAGGGCCCACUUCUCUGCGCCUCACCGCGCCCGCCAAACCACAGAAAGAACGCGUUGCGAGACAGCCGAAGGAGGAAGUGGUGGAGACGAAGAAGCAGCGUCAGAACCGCAAGAAAGUGGAAGAGCGGCGCUUGCAACGGGAGGCCGAAGAGCAGCAACGCCGGAAGCUGGAGGAGAACCAACGUCGCGCCGCACGAGAGUCUCGUGGCGAGCCGGCUAAGAAUGGACUUGCAGCGGCGAAAGCACCGGCAGUCUCGGCGUGGAUGUCGUCAACAUCUACCAACGACGCUCCAUUCGUCAACGGCACGCAGAAUGUGCCACUCCUCGACACAUUCGACGCCGAAUCCAUGUCCAGCUCUAAUGGAGGUCUGGACCCCAGCACCGGCCCAACCAGCACCACUUCCGCCGCCCGGUACGACCCCGAUCUACCGUCGGAAGAGGACCAGAUCGCGCAGGCGAUGAAGCAAAGCGAGGAUGAAUCUGGCUGGCAGACGGUCUCCCAGCAGAAGAAGUCGAAAAAGAAGAUCGAUGCCCCGCUUGCCGAGCCGGUCUUGAGCAACAAGACGAAUGUGCCCGCGCCUGCGAAGAAGGCGGCUGCCAAUGGCAAACCCACCGGUUUUCAGGCGCUGGAGGUGGAGUACGAGCAGCGGGGUGAUGCUGACCCGAACGAGCCGGAGAACUGGGAUGCAUGA